AUUCUUGCCGGUGACGUUCAAGAGAGUACUUAAAGUUAAAUGAUAAGGGCGUCUACGAUUGAGGAAAUUAGGGAUAUUACCCCAAUGCCAAAGAAUGCCUUCGGAACAAUCAUUAGAAGAAUUGAAAAGCGCGUUGACAGACCGGAUAGUAAAUAUUUCUUAAGUAGAAGGAAAUUACCCCCUCCGGUUGCCUCCCAAACAGAAAAAGAAAGAAACGCUUGCCUAAGAAACAAAAAGGAGGAUGCUAAACUCUUCAAAGAAAUUGAUCAAAUUAACUCCGAGGCCAACCUUUCCAUCGGCUAUAUGAAUAGGUGGGAAAGAGUGAUGAGAGUUAAGAGUGCCGGUAUUCAAGAAAGAGCCAAGAAACUCAACUCUAACGAGUCAAAUGAAGAAGUUAAAAGUAGACCCAAAACAGCAAUUUCCUCAACUCUAUACAGGGAUAGAGCUUCAACUUUUCAAGAUAUAGGACUAACGCCUGUUCAGGCCGUUCAAGAAGAACAUAAAGUUAGAAACGCAUGGACUAUUUUUACUCCAAAGUAUUAUGAUAUCUUCUAUAAACCUCCUGCUUACAACGAUACUCCAGACAUAGUUAGAAAUGAUCAAUUUUCCUAUGCCGAAUCUGAAAAUUGCCUUAGUGAAUUUUCUUUCGAUGAUAAUAGUUGUGAAGAUGCAAAAAGUCUUCCAAUAUGGUCAAGGGAUGAGACGCCUCAUAAAAAGUAUAUUGAAGUACCAAAAUAUCUUCCCCGAAAGCCAAGUUGGGAUAAAAGAAAAAGUUAUUUCGACUCUUCGCAUGCUGAAAAAGAUCUUAAGAAACAAAUUCAGCAGGAAAGGAAAUUACGUAAGAAGCAAUCUGAUCUUACUGUAAUUAAAUCUCAAAGAAUUCAAUUAGCACUUGACCAACAAAGGUUAAGAUGUAAACUAUGCGACGAAAAAGUGAAGAAAUUCUGCAAAUCUUUUUCCAGUAAAAUUAAUUAAAAAAUUAAAUGUCGCUUUCUCUAUUUUUCCCAUUUUUCUCUUUCUUCAAAAGAUAUCCCGGUGGAGUUUUAUUCUUCAUUUUUCGUCUAAUAAUACUGAAACAAUAUAAACCGAUAGAUGGCGUAUUUGUACGAGAAAAAUGUUUUAAAUUCUUUUUAUAAUUACUAUACUAUUACAAUUAAUAAAU